AUGAUCGACCUUGGAUCGCCCGCAUCGGAAACGGCAAAGGACAUCGACGACGACAAGGCGCCGUCUCGUUUGCCCCGCGAACCGCACAACGAGACCGGAGCCCUACCUACCCUGGCCGACGCGUCCACGUCUGCCACCUAUGCUGCUGCGCUGCUGUCGACGGCCGAGGAUGCGACCGCCUUGGAAAGCAGAUGGACGACGGGCCGCUACGAGCUGUGGGCCUUCUACCUCUACUACGUCGGCAACUCGGGCCUCGGUCCGUUCAACUUUGCCCCGAGCCAGCUGCAGAACCUGCUGAGCCAGCAGAGCAUCGCUGCGGGCAAUGGCCUCUGCGGCGGCGAUGGUCAGCCAGAGUGCCGCCUGCGGUGGGCGGGCAAGGACCGCACCAUCGAGGGCAUCGUCCUGCUGUCCAACGGCAUCGCGUUCGCCAUCCAGGCGGUCCUAUUUCUCACCAUCGGCAGCUUCGCCGACUACGGGACGUUCCGGCCGUACAUCCUGAUGCUCAGCACCGUCGUCUGCGUCGGCAUCUCGUUUGGUUGGCUGGGCGUCACGGAUCCCUCGCAGUGGCAGAUCGCCAUCGCAUUCUACAUGGUCGGCAUCAUCACCUACCAGCUCUGCCUGAGCUACUGGACGGCCGCCUUUCCCGGUCUGGCCAGAAACCUGCCCGAGAUGCGCAAUGCGAGGGAAGGUUUGCAGGCAACGCCGCCGACCGUGACUGCCGACGAGUUUGCCAGCAUGGACAUGCUCUCGCGCAACCGCAUCUCCAACAUCGCCUUUGCCGUCUGUUCGGCCGGAGAACUCGUGGUGCUGGCUGUGAUCCAGGGGAUGCUCGAGGGGAUCCACGCCGAUCGCGACCAGGCGAGCAACACGUCUGCCCUCUCGGCCAUUGUCGCCUUCAGCGCCGGUGCCUGGACGCUGUGCGCGCUUCCCUGGUUUGUGCUCGAGAAGCGUCGACCAGGCCAGCCGCUACCCCAAGACACCAGCUACCUCGGCGCAGCGGCCCGGCAGGCGCUGCUCGCCGCCAGGUACCUGUGGCGGCUCAGGAUGACGCUGCUCUACCUGGGCUUCUUCUUCCUGUUUAGCGAUGCCCUCAACACUACGGUCACCGUGAUCGGCACCCUCCAGAAUCAGGUGGUGUCCUUCAGCAGCACCAAGCUCAACGAGCUGCUGAUUGUCGGCAUAGCAGCGCAGGGCAUCGGCAUCUACGCCUUCUGGCUGGUGCAGAAGCGCUGGAAGCUGUCGACGCUGUGCCUGUUGAGCUGGGUGGUGUUCUUCACCGUCGUGCUGCAGGUGUGGGGCUUUGUCGGCAUCUUUACGCAGCGUUUUGGCUUCCACCACGAGUACGAGUUCUGGCUGUACCAGGUCUUCUACGGCCUGGUCGUGUGCCCGUGGUACGCCGUGAGCCAGACGAUGAUCUCGGAGGUGACGCCAAAGGGCUACGAGUUUCUCUUCUUUUCCCUCUUCUCGCUGGCGGGCAAGACGUCGGCCUUUGUGGGGCCUUUCGUAUCGCAGGCCAUCGCCGACCGGACGGGCAACGCGUCGACGCCGUUCUACUUUCUGCUGGCGCUGACGCUGGUCAGCACGGCGCUGCUGGUGCCGCUCGACGUGCGCAAGAGCCGGGUGGAGCAGCUGGCCUUCCUCGAGACCGAGGCCAGGGACAAGAAGGUGGCCGCCGCUGCUGCCGUGGUCGCCGUCGAUGCGAGGGCUUGA